AUACCACUUUCUGUAACGCCGUCCGCCAUCUUUUCUUUUUCAUUGAGACCAGUCAUUGGGACUGGACCCAACUUUCUCGACGAACAGUCGAUGGAUUCCGACAAGUUCCGAACGGUUCCGAGAAAAGGACUCAGAGAAAUGGACGACAGAAAUCCCUCUCCACCGCGCUUAUCUGCUGAAGAAAUCGAGUUAAUACAAUGCGACAAUAUAGGUGAUACGGUAUUUAGCAAGAAAUGGGUACUAGCUACGCUAAUGAAGUUGAUACAGUCCGUCCAGACUAACGCCGAGGGAUCGCAGGAUGAUUUUGCGAAUGACGAACAACAGCGCGAACAACAACAAUCAGCGCGCGAAGUUGAAAAUUUUCAUUCACACGAGCUAGACGAUGAUUUUGAAAGAGAGUUGUGUGAACUCUGGGACAUGUCCAUGAAUGCGGUGAGUUACUUGAUUUGUAAAUUGAAAAACUCUUCGAAUUUUUGUCGAUCUUUACAGAGCUGUAUAUAUUGAUUCGGGAAUGCGUGACAUGUCGUGGAUACGCGUAUCGUGCGCGUAUGUAUGAACGAGUAGAUGGGCUAAAAUGCAGAAUACCCUGCCACUUUGAACCAACUCCUAAAAUUUGGUGGAUAAAGAGUCAUUUCGUAUUCAUGUAGCAGUUUUCUGUGGGAACUACGCAAGGCUAUGCUCUAAAGAAAAUUUAAGGGAGCCUGAGCAUUCCAGCUGUGGUGGGGACAUUCGAUUUUUUUUCCGAACCCCCCACCCCCCACCCUGGAUGAGCAGAUUCCUACCACCUCACUCUUUUGUCAGAACCCUUUGAGAAAACUUCUCCUACCCCCCUCUUUUUUUGGUCCCUUUAAAAACAAAUUCCUUCUGUUAUCUGCCAAGGAUGCUCAUCCAUAGGGGGAGAUUGGCAUAAAAAUGGAAGGUCCUGUGCACAGGUAUGAAUAAAUGAAUGUACCGUGAGCGUGCAAAGAAAGUAGUGUCUAAUAGCCCGGGGCUAGUGAAUAUUGUUCUUGACUUGCCCGAAGGGCAAGUGAAGUUUUUUGAGGAAUUCAAAUUACAGAAAAACUGUGUAAUCAAUCCUGCUCGUCAAAAAGUUUUUUAGGCUAGUUGAAAUGACAUUUGGACUAGUGCAUGCUAGCUACAGCUUGCCCAAAAAUCAAUCUGUAAAACUGACUUUCUUACACCUUGAGGAAUGACAUUAAAAAAUUGUUAGGAAUAUUGUUUAUACAAUUGUACCAAAUAUUUUGAAAAUAUUAUAAUAAGAAAGGACAUUGCCUUUUGUUAUACGUGUAAACCACAGGAUGUUGCUACCUUUCUGGAGGAAAUGGAAACCACUGAGGUUCUCCUAGAUGCUGUCUUGAGGUCUCAGAGUGCAAGAGUGACUGUGAGUGUAGAUGUCUACAAGUCCUGGACCGUACACAUAUUAUUACUUAUUUAUUUUUAUUUAUUUAUUUCUUUUUUAUUCAUUUUUACUUCAUUUUAUUUUAUUUUAUUUUUUUUGCAAAAUUUUAAAUCUUAUUCUUCUUAAUUUAACGUUAACAUGAUAACUGUACAUAGUUUCUGCUGACUACUAAAUGUAGAUGUAGAUGUAGAUUAUUUGGGGACUGGGUUGAUAUGAGUUUAUCUGGUGGUUAUAGUGGUGGUGGUGGUGAGCGGAGGGGUGUUGGCCAUUGAUGUUUGGGGAGGGAGAGGGGGGUAACACAAAAGAGAGAGUCCCAGAUUUUACAUAUGUACAUCUCCAGAGGUUGACAUCUCGGGUUUAUUCUAACAUAUAUCCUAACCCUGAUAUUGUUCUGUGGCUGAAUCCUUAAAUGGGCAAGAUAUAGUGAAUCCUCUGUUCUGACUGGCUAUCCCAGCAGGCAAGAUGGGUCUACAUGUACAGGUUGUAUCUUGCCCACUCAAGAUUUCUUGCUUGGGUUUGAAAAAAAAGUUCUUUUUUUGGCCAUAUAAUAAAUCCUUUUACUGAUAAAGCUUAUUCAUUCAAGAUGACUGGAUGUUGGCCUCAUUUUGCUUUGCAUUUUAAAGCAAGGGUCUCGGCAUCUCAUCAAGGUUUUAUUGUACAUUCACCACACCCGGUGUUGAUGCUAUAGUGAAAGUGUACUCUGUUUAAGUAGCCGAGGGGUUUCGUCAAUCCUAAAUGGGAUCAAAAGGAAAGAAAGAAAAUACAGAUCACUAUAGUGUAUUCUAUUGCAUAACAUUCAAGUUAACAAUCAUUAUUAUGAUAAAUACUAAGACUUAUCUUACUGAUCUUUCCCUUGUUACACAUAGGAAAUUUGUGUUGGCAUUCUGGCAAAUAUGGCAUGCUCCCAUGAAGUUUGCACAAAGAUGAUGAGAAACAAUGAGCUUGUGUAAGACUUUGAAAUUAAAUAACAUGAUGGCAUCUAGAUAUUACAUAUAUGUAAUAUACGGGGUGUACUAUUUUAUUUACUCUAGCUGCAUGGUCCAGAUUUGUAGAUAAUAAUUUAAGGUAGGCUUUGAAAAAUUCAAUUCCACCUACAGUGUAUUUGAAUUGAAUGCACCUUACUCUUGUCAGUUAGUUGCAAGACAAGACAAGACAAGAUGAUUUAUUAAUCUCAGCUCAGUUUUACAAGACAUAAAGGUUAAAUUACGUAGGCAUCUAAACACAGUACAACUAAGGAAUACAAGAAAAAUGGUAACGUGGUUUUUUUCUUAAAUGGUUUUUGUUAUCAUUAUUUUUCAGGAACCUUGUAGCAGCAUUAUUAGAUGAACCUGAUGCACCUGUUUUGGUAGAGGUGACCAGGUAAUGUUAUUACGUAUCAAUGUACAGUAAGCGUGUUAGACCUAAGACCUUAAGGUCAGCAGUUUGAAUCUAGUCUCUAUUACUGAGUCAUUAGUUGGGGUAAUCUCUUACCCAGAUCUCUUAUUAAUGAGGCCUAAGGAGAGAUCUCUUCAAAUCUGAUUUGUACACAUGAUUGCCUGUCAGGAAUGUGACAGGCGAUGCAAGAGCUUGUGCUUGAAAUAAAUCCUCAAUUUGAUGGAGCUGUAAAGUUUUUUUCUACCAAAUCGUGGUUAUUACGUGCAUCUUGAGUGUGAACCAACUAAUUUGUUGUUGUUGUUCUUUGUAACAGCAACUUACUCAACACGGCAGUGAAUUUAAAUUUAAUUAUCAUAGCAUGCUGAGACCUCAAAGCAGUAUGUGUCAACUUCUAUGCGAGAAUUUUUUUACCCUUUUCAAAAGUCUAUCUUGAUACUGAGAGAGUUUUAAAAUGUCUUUAAAGAUAAGAUAAAAAUGGUUUUACAGGAUAUAUUGAGUUAAAAAAACUACUUCUUCAGUGAAAAUAUUUUAUUUGAACAGAACUGAAGACUUUGUAAAGAAUGAAUUGCACACACCAUAGCAUGCGCAGGAGACAACACUCACAUCAUUUGCUCACAAUCUAGCCAAUCAGAAAAACUGAAUUUUCUUACUUGACCAGAUCUCACCUUCGGGUUCAGCAAUAAGAGAUCUGGGUAUGAGAUAAUAGUUGCGCUGUAGACCUCAACCUUUUGCUUAUUCCAAUCCAAUUCAGGAAUAUGCAAAGUUAACCUGGAUGGGUUGUCAUAGGAACAAUGUCAACACAAGAGUUAGCUAUGAAGGAAAGAGAAACUGGAAACUCACAUUCUUUUCUGCUUUAAUUUUUUCAUUAAAAAUGUUUCCACUGAUAACUUCACAGGACUUUUUGUUACCUUUAUUUGUAUUUCAAUUUGUGUGGGAACUGUUUCAGUUUCAAAUGAUGGGUUGAAUUGGCUUUACUCAAAAGGAUCAUCUUAUCACUUGAUAAUAUGUGGAUAGGUGCAAGUUCAAAUUCUAGCAUCAAAAGUUUUUCCCUGUCUAUAAUGUAUAAGCUACUACAGUGUGGGAUUGCAAAUUCAGGCUAGGAAAAGAAUCUGCAGCAUGCAGAGAAAGUAGUGUCUGAUAUCCUGGGGCUAGUGGACUUUGCUAUUGGGCUAGUGAAUUCUUUUCUUAACUUGCCCAAUGGGCAAGUGAAGUUUUUCGGAGAAAUCAAAAUAAAAUUACAGAAGAAAUGUAAUCAAUCGUGCUUGUAAAAAAAAAUUUUGAACCUAGUCAAAUGACUUUUGGAGUAGUACAUGCUAGCUGCAGUUUUCCUACUCUUUGCACCUAAACUGAUUGGCGAAGUGUGAUACCAGGGUUUAAUUUUCUCUCUGUUGACCUAACCUUACAUUCUACUCAUGUGCUAUCUAGAAUAAUGAUCAAUUCCUUUUUCAUUGUUUGAGAGCAUAGUCUUACAUGUUUAAUAAUAGUACAAUUCCUCAACUUUCCGCUUAUUCUUUAGGCUGAUUCACGUGUGUUUGAGUAACAAUGAAGUGUUACUGAAAUGGAUGGAUGUGCUAGAAACUGAAACAGUAUUCAAGAACUUAAUGUACAUUCUGGAAAACUCUUUGAAUGGUGAGUUUUUUAGUUACUGGUAAAAUAGGCAAAUUGUUUAUAAUGUCUAAAGGGUCAUUUAGAUUAUGCUCAUCGUUCUCUGUUGGAGCCACAGAAAUAGCAUUUCUGAUUAAACUCGUCAAUAGAGGUGAGCUUGUGGGGGAGGUGCCUGUGAGGUUGGUGUAGCCCCAAACUGCAUCCUAGUGCAAGGGCAAAAUGUUGGCUCAGGGGAGGGGUAGGUGGGCAGUUUCCAGUUAACAGUAUAAUGAUCCCAAUGCGUAUCCUUGACAAUCCUGAGAGUGGCAUCCACCCAGGUACCGUCACACUGCUAACCAGUGGAACCUAACAUACAUGUACAUGUACUUACCAUAUACUUACUGUAAGUAGGGGGAGGGAAGGGAAGGGAGCAGAAAAACACUCUGUCAGCACUAGCCACAACAGGCAACAACACACAAACAUAGUAGCCUGACCUGGCUGUUAAAAUACCCACGAACCCGUGCGAUGCAAAAAGGGUGCAUAUCUCCAACAAGAAACAGCUGGCCAGCAAUGUCUCAAGUGUAACUUAACCUAAAUUUCAUUUAGCUUCAUUUAGCCACAUAUAAUAAAUUAUUCUAUUAUUAUACAAGGACCAACUACAUCAGCAUAAAAAUUUAAGCCCAGUGUACUACAAUCAUCAACAAAAUCCACUCUUCCAGCAUGCCCCAUAUCUCAGAUGUAUAAAUUUCUAAAGUACGAGCAAAUGUACUUUUUAUUUUAUUGUAUGUUAUGUUUUGUUUUCCACACAAUAGUAAAAACACAAUAAAAUAAUGUAAGCGGGUUUGCUUUUCGGAUAUUUGCUUCUCAGCAAUUCUACGGCUUUUGAUUGCCACUAUUAGAUUAUUUUAAUAAUUAAUGCAUGCAAAAAGCUAUUGCUUUUAUGUAGAUUAGUGACAUACAUGUUCUUUUCAACAUUUGAUUUGUUCAUAUUUUUUGCAAAAAACCUGAUACUGUAUAGGCCAAAUUGGGCGGACUUUUUGGUUGUCAGUUGUAAACACUUAUGCUGUCAAGGUGAAAUAAGAGGUUACAUGUAAUAAAGAAAAAAAUGUUACCACAUAGUGUCAAAAAAGGAAACCUUCACUGAAGUACUUAAAUAUUAGUCAAAUCUGUUUCAUGAAAAAAGUCAGUCAGACUGUGGUACUUUUCAUCUUUAACAUUUUUCUGAAAAAAAAAAAAUUUUUUUUCACAAAUUAUAUAUAUUUGUUAACAUCUAUUUUUUACACUGAUUACCGCUAAUGUUUACACUGGCGUGUAAAUUGUGCUGUUGAUUUUAAAGUGGAUCUCCUGACCAAUUGUUCCCAAGUGGUGGACAAGGUUCUUGAUUCAAGUGAUGAAAUGUUAAGAACUUGGGCUGAUUUACCACUUGUGACUGCUGUUUGUGAAGCUAUGAAACAGAUGCAUAUGAGGUACAGCAAAAUAUGAACUUAUUUCUGUGAGAAUGGGUGCUUUAAUAAUUAUUACAAGGAAGUCAUAGACAGUCGCUUGGAAUAUAUGUUGUGGUUCAAUUUUACCCUUGGUUUAAAUUUUAUUUUAUUUUCUUUCUGGGUAUGGUAAUGUACGAUAAUGAGUUUGAAACAAAAGAAAAUAAAAUGUAAACCAAGGAUAAAAUUGAACCACAACAUAUACAUGUAAUGUACUAGAGCAUGAAAUUAACUUUUUUCCUGGAACCAUUAGGUUCCUAAACAUUUAGCGUGGUGAAAAAAUAAUUUUAUUCAAAAACAGUUUUCUCUCUGGUGGUGAAUAUUGACUCAUUCCAACGUAAAGCACUGAAAAGCGAAAAGUGCAAGAGGUUUGUUCACCUGUAUGAAAGACUUGGCAAUGUGUGUCAUAUUUAGGAGACUCCUGGGUAAUAAAUUGUACGUAGGGGGUAUUAACCUCUUAAGUUUGUGAUUUGAUCUAGGCGGAGAAAGGGGUUGAGAUUUGAGUGGUGAAAGUUUCUAAACAAAAGUUUAAUUAUUUUUGCCUUUGUUUUUCAUAUUGCAUAGAUCUGAGCAGCUUCACAUUGUAGAAACCCUUCUCCAUAUUCUUCAGAUGAUUUCCACAGUUGAACAAGGCGUACAAGGAUUGGGUGAGUAAAAAAUGGUAGUACUAGCUAAGCACAAAGGUCGGGAGCAAUAUUGUACGAUAGAAUUCGAAAUGUAACAGCCCGUGUUGCUUUUUAAUUUAGCAGGCUAAAGGGGCAGCUACUUUAGGGUUAAGCCAUUACUACUAGGUAGUCGUUACAUUCAGAUGGUAAAAAAUAUUAGUGAUUUUUCCCAGUCAUGAAAAACAUGAAAAGGUCAUUUUGUUUAAUCAUGUGACUAAUUACCUGCAAUACAAACAAAAAAGGCCGCAAAUGUUGGUUCUCUAGGGCAAGAGAUCACCAUGUAAUGAAUUACUAUAUCAUUUGACUCUUCUUACAAAAUUAUGCAGCUUUUAAAACAUAGUUUCAAGAAGGAUUCAGUUAUAUUCGCGAUUGCUUCACAAAUGACUCUUUAAGCUGUUUUGUUGAGACAAUUUUGCAUCUAUGAUACCAGAGAUUUUCACAUGUGCUUGUUAAAUUGAUAGAUAGAUAGACAGAUAGAUUGAUUGAUUGAAACAAAUUAAUUCUCCUAUUUUUCUUGCUAGUGAGUUGUGUGUCAGUUGUUCCACUGCUGUGCCAUUUUGUAGCUGAGUGUGGACAUGAUGAAGGGGGGAUUAUUGUUGGCCGUGAAGUGUCCCUUAUGGAGUCCUUCUCUGUUCUGAAUGUGAUACUUGUAGCUGAUCCCAUCAGUGUUUUGAAAGCCAUGGAAAAAGGUGAGCACCAUGAUGUAUUUUCAAUGGGUUGUCUAGAAAAUUUCAUUGGAACUUACUCUUUUGUGAGAGAUUUCAGUGAAAUAUCAGAAUGACUGAAAAAAUUAAUAAGAUAUUCAACACAUACCCCGGUUUUCUACACAUACCAGGAUUCUUCAUUACAUAUCGUUAAUACCAUCAACUGACAUGGUACCAGUCACUUUGACUCUGAAGAUGACUGUCGCACAGGUUGUCGAAACAUCAGUCACUGUCAACAACAGUCCUAUUCGGGACUACACACUCACCGAGAUGAUCAUGCUCAACCCACCUAUAAAAUUAGUUGGAUGCUUAGCCAGUUUCAUGCUGAUUUUUACAUGGCUAUAAUAAUAAUGUGCUAUGUUGGACUUGAGACACCCCUAAAGAUAUGUGGUAACUUAAAGGCCGGGUUAAGGGUUGUAUUAUAUAUUAGUUACUAAUACUUUUCUUUGUAACUUACAGAGCCAAGAAUCAUGAAGGUUCUGUUGGGCCUUCUGGGAUAUUCAUGUAAGAUUCAUCGUAAAAGAAGCAAAAGCAGCUUAAAUAGAUUUUCCUUCUCUGAAAAUGAGGAGAACAGAUUAGAAAGAAGCCUCAGCCGUGAAGAAAAACCUGUUGGCAACCAGAAAACUGAUUCUGAGACUAACACUGCUAGUGAUCAGCCUUCAGGAAAUAGCAGUGCCAUAAAAAGGGAAAAGAACGCUAAUGAAGGAAAUGAUGUACAUGUAUCUUCAUGUGAUCACACAGAAAACCCAAAAGAAGAACAAGCUGAUGAAGUAGAAGGUAUGGUCAAUCCUCUCGCAUAAUCAAACACUAGAUCCUACAGAUCAAUACUGUGUGUUACUCUGGAAUCAGUAAUGUGGACAUCUGUCAUACUAAUACCCUGAACAUAGUGAAGAUUAAAUCAGAAAUGAAAACUGAUAUGUAUGUGUUCAUAUUUAUGUGGGGAACUCACAUUAUCAUAACUACAAUUUAUCACUAGUAGCCAAUAACUUUUUUGCUUUUUUGUAUGUCGUGUGAAUAUGUAUAUAAUCAUAUGGGUGAGUGUAGCCCUGAGCAUAUGCUGCCCAUUCUAGGCAACUCUUUUGAAUUUUUUUCGCUUAGUACGCCGGACAAGUAUACUUAGAAUUUAGUAAGUUCUUUGUUAGUUUAUUUUGUGUAUACUGGAUUCUGAUCUCUUUACUUACUAAUCCAGAAGGGUAGGUGGGGAGAGGGCCUCUUUUAUUCCCUUAGUCACUGAGUGUAAUAUCAGCUGUCUUUGUUACAUGCUGUGCUCUGUGGUAAAGCUGAAGAAAGCCAUGCAUGCAUGUAGAUGAAAAUGGAAUAAAAGACCAACCGAAUAAAAUACCAACAUGCAUAGAACAUGGGCGUACUAAGCGUACUAAUGUACUAAGACUGAAAAAAAUACCCACAUACAUAGAACAAGACAGAAUAAAAUACCAACAAUCAACUCAUUCAACAAAUGGCAUAACCUCCAGCAAUUAUGGGAGGGCAAGUGCUCUAACCACUACAACACAACCUUCGCUCCUUAAUAUCUUGGCUACCAAGGAGGUACUAAUAAUUAUUAAUUUCAAGAGCAGCUCUGAUUAUUUAAAAUUUUUGUAGGUUCUAGAAGGGAAUCAAUAGAGGUUGCAGCUUGUUCUUCAAGAGAUGAGCUUUUUAAUAUGGAAACUGCAACAGACCAUGAAGAAGGUCAUGAAGGUGAUAUUCCAGAUGUCCAUCACCAAUAUUUUACAGUGGGAACUGGUUUUUUAAAAGAUGUUAUCUCAGAAUCAGCCAAGGUAAGAUUAAAUUGUGCCCAGGAAUGUUAAUGGUGAACUCUUUUUCCCAGUGAUAAGCAAAGAGUUGAAUCCAGAAAUGCGGGAAACUUCACUGGGUAAUGGGCAAGGAGGACAUUUUGGUUGGCCAUUUUUCAAGUUCCAGAAAAACCUCAUUCUUUCAAAACGAGGCCAAGUUUUAAUUCUUUCUUGUUAGACGAAUCCCUUGUAUCAUCCCAAUAUGAUAAAUGAGAGCUAGAUCAUAUGCUGGCUAUCGUGACCUCUGUUUACUUGGAAGGAAAAGAACACAACAACAAUUGGAGGAAAAUGGCUAUGAGCCUGCACUCAUAGUCGCUCUUACUCAAAUAUGUAUUUUCAAUAAACUGUUUGAUCAUUAUCUGGCUCAGUAAAGGUGAGGGGACAGAAAAUUCAUGUGUUAAUUCACUGCUGAACCCAGACGAAUGAGUCAAACCCAAAGAUGCUAGUCAUAUGACUAACUCUUAAGUGCAGAGGGGUAUAACCUUUCUUAAUUCGCUACACCCCACACCUAGGCUCACUAGGACUACUUUACUAUUAAUAUUUAUUAUAAUUACAGUGGGAAGGAUAGGCAUAAAAAUCCUAUUUGCAGGCAGAUAUUUCCUUUAUUUAUAUGAAAAAUAAAUAUUUUUAGUAUCAAUAAUAAUACUUUAUUUAUUGAUUUCUUCACACUUACCCUCGCUUUGACACCGAGGCUUGGGUUGGAAGGAGGUUUUUAAAUUGGCACAUAAUGCUGGUGUAACCUUCAUCCCUGGGAAGUAGUUAGUUAGUUCUGGCUUUGUGAACCUCCUGUGCUUGAAUUUUUCCUUUAUCUUAGCACAGUCCUUUUAAUCUACAGGCUCCCAAGUGUGUUUCAAGCAUGAUAGCACCUCAUGAAACACUCCUGCAAAAGAUUGUUCAUUAUGCCAGCAGAAUAAAGGUUUACAAUACAUUGGUAAGUUAGCUUGUUAACUGUGACCACUAUGUAUGAGCAUAAUGGUUAUUAUCCUUCUUGUUUGUUCUGCAACAGCAAUGUCAGAGUAAACUUUUCUGUGGAAAGUAAUACUAUUUUAAUUUAAAUAUUCCAAAUUGAAAGGAAUGUGUGCAUUUUCCUGAAACUAUAUUUUUGAAAAAUUGUGACUUCUUCAAGUUGAAUCUAUACUACUAGUGAUCAGAUCAUUUGUAAAAACGGUAUUCAUAGAGGUCCUUUUACAUUGCUUUCUUUUCAAUAAACCUUGGUUAUUUUGUCUGGUGAAUCCAAUCUAUAUAUGUUUUUGUGUGUGUGGCAUCUAAGUACAGUAGUAGAGUCUAAUUUUAAGAAGGGAGGGUAACCGAGGUAAAAGGGUUCUCAUUGCCAGGAGGUUUACCCUAACACAUGCACAUUUCCUAAUUUUUGAUGCCUCAUGUUUACAAGGGAGGUAGGGUUACCUUAGUACCAUGCUUACCUUUCCUGAGUACAAAGGUUAUCCGAGCAAGAGGGUUAUGCUACCAGCCUUGUAAAAGCUCUUCUAGGAAUAACUCACCUACCUGGGACAACAUUGCUCUGUCAUAACUGUUGGAGUUAUCCAAUUUUUGAGCUUAAUUUUAAACAUCUGAACAGUGUAAGGUAUUUUCUGUCAGGUAUACAUUGAUAAUAUAAUAUUAUAAUUUUUUAGUGUUUUUUUUUUGUGAGAAUUAAACAUGUUUUCCAAAGAGAUCUUUGAGAUUUUAUUCAAAUCUUUGACCUUACAAUGAACUGUUAUUUUAGUCUUCUUAAAUUGUUGUGCUUGAUGAAACAAGUCAGUCAGGGGGCGGACCCAGAAAAUUCAUAAAGCGGUGGCCGGGACACUUGCCCACUUGCCAGCUAUAUAGAUACUUUUUAUUUUUCUGAGAAUUCUAUAAAAAUAACACAAAAUUUCAAAGAAAAAGGGGUGGCUUCGGCCCUCUUGGCCCAUCCCUAAAUCCACCCUUGUCAGUCUCACUUUAAAAGUUCACCCAGAUGAUAGAGUAACCCUACCUUUCAAAUUUUGCUUAUAAACUAGAGGUAAUCUUUAUCCUGCUUGCUAGGGUAACCCUAGCACAAGGGUUACCCUCCCUCCUUGUAAUCAGGCCCUAAGAUCAGAAAUCCAGUUUUGAAUUUUCUCCCAUGAAUGCGUGAAUGCGGCAGGGAAGUCUGUUAGAUUUUGUAUAUCAGUUUCUCUUGCAUGACCUAAUUGAAAGGUGAAAUUUCAGGUAUCUGACUUGGUAGAAUCUACACUCAGCAUAUCUGAAUUGUCCUCCCUACACAAAAAGCUGUCAGAAAGACUAUAUACACAUAAGGUGAGAAGUGGUUUUGGU